CACCUGAUGCAUACAUAACCAGAAAAUGUCAAAAUCAGAGGGGACAAAAAAAUCAAAUUAAUCCUCUACGAGAACAAAAGAGAGAAGGUGGGAGAAAAAAAUUUAAAACUUCUCUAUUGCAGAAUCAUAUGAUAUAAAGAAUAAAUAAUUACAUCUGAAAAAUAGAAAGUUUGUGAAGUUCUUUCAAAUACAUUCGAUCUCUCUCUUCUAGUUGCUCUUGUCCCGUCCAUACAAAGGCCAUGGCAAUCCAUAACUGGAUCAAUGUAUCUUCCUCAAAUUCAUAAUUUCCAAGAAAUAGAAUGCAAGUGUAGAUAACACAUCUCUUUAGAUGUUGAGGUAGAUUGUGAAAGCUUUUACAUACCUCUGAGACAUUAGCAAAUUUGGGCCAUUUCUUGGGGCAUCUGAAUUAUCACAGAUUGAGUUUGUGAUAUCAAACACUUCUGUUUGCUGGAUCUCCCAAUCUGUUUGCUGGAUCUCCCAAUUCUUGGAGCUCUGCAUCUCUAACCUUGGCAGCAUCAGUAGAAGUGGGGAAGAAAUGUGGGUGAUAUCCAAGACAGAUUCUAGACCUUCUGCUGGCAGAGGAAACCGAAGAGCUCCCAAUGAUUGAGUCUUGAUAAAGGGUUCGUGAUUUGGAGUUGCAGAGGAGGGUUUCGGGGCUUUUGGGGUAUUGUUUCAGACUUUCAGAAGACUCAGGACCCUGUAAGCCGGGGUUGGCCUUUUUAUCUCGGGUCAGACCGGAUCGAUUACUGCCGGUUCUCUGAAAUCAAAACUCAAAACAGCUUAAUUCCCCCUUUGCUAUCAAGAAAUCAGACAAAAAUAACUCAUGGCACUCGUCAAGUUGGCUGCAAGUAUCAGAAGAACGCAAUUACAACUCCUUCUUCCCCUUAUCCUGCGUUCUACCCUUCACCCACCUUUCACUUCUUCACGGAUUAUAUACUCUUGCUACUCUUCUACUUCUCCAUCUCUGCUCUCCCCUGUCUGGUCUCAUCUCCAUAAUUACCAUUUUUCAUCACUUGAUCGCUCUCCUCACUACGAUUCAAGUGAUUUCGAGGCAGAAGGAGAUGAACCCAGCAACCCCAAAGAGCCAGGUCUUGAUGGGUUUCUUGAAAUACUCGAGCAGGCUAGGCAGUUCACCUCAGAAGGAGACGCCAUGGCUUUUCUCGACGAGUCGGGUGUUCGACCCAGUGUAGGGUUGGUUUAUUCUGCAAUUUGGGCUUUAAGACGUGAGCCGCGAUUGGCUUUUUUGGCUUUCAACUGGGGUGAGAAAUGGGGUUGUAAGAGUCCAAGAGUUUGGGAAUUGAUGAUCUGGGUACUGGGCAAGAAAAGGAGUUUUAGUGUCGCUUGGAACUUGAUUAAGGACAUGCAUCGAUCUUCAAUGGCUACGCAGCGGGCAAUAUUAAUCAUGAUUGACAGGUAUGCAGCCGCCAACAAUCCUGGCAAAGCGAUCAAAACAUUCCUGGCCAUGGACAUGUUCAGAAUAACCCCUGAUUCAGAAACAUUUUUCACUUUCCUCCAUACUCUCUGUAAACAUGGGAAUAUUGAAGAAGCUGAAGAGUUUAUGCUUCAAAAUAAGAAGCUCCAUCCUUUGGAGACUCAAAGCUUCAACAUAAUUCUCAACGGGUGGUGUAAUAUCUCAGUUGACAUAAUUGAAGCCAAGAGAGUUUGGAGAGAAAUGUCUAGCUGCUGUGUCACUCCAGAUGCCACUUCCUAUACCCAUAUGAUUUCCUGUUUCUCAAAGGUUGGGUAUCUCUUUGACUCGUUAAGACUCUACGAUGAAAUGAAGAAGAGGGGCUGGGUCCCAAGCCUUGAUGUCUACAAUUCUCUUGUAUAUGUACUAACUCAAGAAAAUUGCAUGACAGAAGCUCUCAAACUUGUGGACAAAAUUAAAGAAGCAGGCCUGCAACCAGAUUCCACCACUUACAACUCCAUGAUACUUCCUCUUUGUGAAGCACAGAAGCAAGAGGAAGCAAGACACCUAAUGGUUAACAUGGUAACCAAGGGGAUCAACCCAACGGUUGUUACCUAUCAUGCAUUUAUUGAAGGGUUUAAUAUAGAAGGAGCAUUGGAACUGCUUGGUGAGAUGAGGGAAGUUGGUUGUGGUCCUAACAAUCAUACUUUUCUCCUAAUGCUCAACAACUUCUUUGGAUUGAAGCAACCAGAGAACGCAGUGAAGAUUUGGAUGGAAAUGGAGAAGUACAUGAUAAUACCUGAUUCUGCCUGUUACAUUGUACUGGUUCAAGGCCUGGCAACAUGUGGAUGGAUAACGAAAGCUAGAGAGUUCUAUUCUGAGAUGAGAUCAAGAGGAUUCUUAGAUGAUCCUAAGCUUGAAAAGCUCUUGAAGGAUCCAGAAGGAGGUGAUAAAUCUCAGAAAGAGCCAAAGCAGAAAAGUGAUGAUAUCCAGGCCAAGCGUAGGAGGGAUAAAACUAGGAGGAGGAGAAUGCAGAGACAACGCAAGAUUGAAAAUAGCACCACUUAAAUAUUUUUUUUUUGCCAAAUGUUCAUUUGAUGUGAGAGUUCAAAUGCAGAUUGCUUGUAAUUCUAGCGAUGUAGUUCCACUCUGCCAAUGUAAUAGCAUAUUUUCAUCAACAGUACCUUUUCGGCUUGCACAGGUCUAUGUAAACAGAACUGUUUCUCUCUUUCUGGAGUUGCAAUCACUAUUUUCAGUUGGGGGCAAUUACUACCCUGAA